UUCACUCGGUUAAACCCAAUUGGCGGAGAAGGUUAUAUAUUUCCCACAAAUUUCCCACAGAUGGGGGUUUCUCUCUCUCUCUUCUUCCCCUUUGUUCUUCCCCCUUAACUGUUGAGUCAAAUAGAAAGGGACAGGUAAAUUCACCACCCAACGAAUUCUCUCUUCCCACAGAUUUACCACGCGAUCGACUUCGAAGCAGUCCAGAGCCACGCAACGCGAAACGAGACGAAACGAGGCAAAAAAAACCGUUGCCCAAAUAGCUAAACGAUUAAGUCUACAACCCAUUAGAUCCUCUCAUUAGAAUACAGAGAUAACACGAUGUCUGAAAACAGCGCUUACAUUGUUGCAGUUGCCAGAACACCAAUUGGGUCCUUCCAAGGCUCCCUUUCAUCCCAGAACUACGUCGAUCUUGGUUCUCACGCGGUGAAGGCUGCUCUCGCCAAAGUUCCAGAGAUCAAGGCCACUGAUGUCGAGGAGAUUGUCUUUGGUAACGUUGUUCAAGCCAACGUUGGUCAAAACCCAGCUCGUCAAGUUGCCAUCAAGUCUGGAAUGAGCGUCCAAACCGUCGCCUCUACCGUGAACAAGGUUUGUGCUUCUGGUUUGAAGGCCACUAUCAUAGCCGCCCAGACAAUCAUCUUGGGUAACGCCGACAUUGUCGUUGCCGGUGGUGCUGAGUCCAUGACAAACGCUCCAUACUACGUGCCAGCUGCUCGUUCUGGUGCUCGUUACGGUGAUUCCGUCUUGGUAGAUGGUUUGGCCCGUGAUGGUUUGAAGGACGCUUACAGCGAUGAUGCCAUGGGUGUCUGUGCUGAAAAAUGUGCUCGUGACCAUGGCUUCUCCAGAGAGGACCAGGAUAACUUUGCAAUCGACUCUUACAAAAAGGCACAAGCUGCUCAUGCUGCUGGUAAGUUCAAAUCUGAGAUUGCCCCUGUCACUAUCAAGGGUUUCAGAGGUAAGCCAGAUGUUGUUGUUGAAGUUGAUGAGGAAAGCACCAAGUUCAACGAACAAAAGUUGAAGACCGCUAGAACCGUUUUCCAAAAGGAGAACGGUACCGUCACCGCUGCCAAUGCUUCUCCAAUUAACGAUGGUGGUGCAGCACUUGUUCUCGUCUCUCACAAGAAGCUCGUCGAGUUGAAUUUGAAGCCAAUUGCCAGAAUCUUGGGUUGGGGUGAAGCCGCACAGAACCCGGAGGAUUUCACCACAUCUCCGGCCUUGGCUGUUCCAAAGGCUUUGAAGCAUGCUGGUAUCACCAUUGACGAUGUCGACUUCUUUGAGUUCAACGAGGCAUUCUCUGUUGUUGGUUUGGCCAACCAAAAGAUCCUCGGUUUGCCAAGUGAGAAGCUCAACGUUUACGGUGGUGCAGUUGCUAUUGGCCACCCAUUGGGAUGCUCUGGUGCUAGAAUUUUGGUCACUUUGACAUCCGUCUUGCAACAGGAAGGUGGUAAGAUUGGUGUUGCCGCUAUCUGUAACGGUGGUGGUGGUGCUUCUUCCAUGGUUUUGGAGAAGUUGUCUUCUGAGCACGUUAUCUUGUAAAAAGCAAGCACAUUGAAGUGAUCCUUAGCUUAUUCAUUCAGCUAGAAAUAAAAGUAUAUCUCUAACCAACU